AUUUAAAAUUGCAUCUCUGUGUGUAUCUUGAUUCUAUGUUUAUUUUAUUUAAAAUAAAGAAAUGAUGAUUUAAAUUGAAGAAUUAAAUUAUAAUUCAAGAUAAACAUGGAAAAAGAACUUGUCCUUAGAAAUAAUUUGGCAAGAAGCUUUGAAACGGAGAACCAAAUCAAAAUAUGUGUAUCGCCAAUGAACUCUCAAACGCUAGAUGAUUCAAUAUUCAAUUCUAUGGUGAAUAGAGAAGAAAUGGUUAACAAUUUAGAAUGCAAAACAUUCCCAAAGCAUUUAAAAAUGUUCAUCCUAAUCAUGAUUUGGUUGCUAUGUAGCUAUCCACUUUUCAUGAACAACGAGAAAGUUCAAUCGACACAUCAGAUCAGUAUACAAAAUGGAUCUAUUAGUAGUUAUGUUAUUCAUAAAGACGAAAAUACAAAGAAAGUAGAAAUAAUGCUAGAAGGGGCAAUGCUUCCAACUUACUACAGGAAUCUCACUGUGGACCGAUUAAAUGUUUGGAUACAACUUCUAGUGGUGAAGAGGAAGCCUAGAAGUACAUCAGAUUUAAAAUCUGCAGACGUCAUUUCAAUGCAGAAUGUAUCCAAAUUAUGGACUGUUCCCUUAGUAACAGAAAAGCUUAUAGGUUUUGUUCCCGAAAUAAAAGCCGAAAAAACUUUUGAUUUGGAUCUACAUGACGUCGAUAACUCAUCUUUCACAUUUCUAAGGUUCCAGUUCAAGUCCAAUUUGAAAACGAACCUUCCCAUUGCAAUGGGGUACAAUCUGAGCCCUAUCAGUACAGAUGAUGGCAUCAUUUAUGCUGCUCUGGUUUUAGUCGGUCUAUAUAUUUUGAUUAUUUUCGAGGGCGUCAAUUUUGGUACUUUUAUUAUGCACAUGGGUGUUGGGAUAUUCUUAUCUUUAGCUGCAACGUACGGUUUACUCAGAUUCCUGUAUCGAGACCUUUCAUCGUUCAAGAAUUCAGAACCCAUUGAAGUUCAAGAUUUAAAGAGAGGCAUUGCAGUGUUGCAGAGAACAGCCGCGUCUGUGAGCAGCUACAGCAAAGACGAGGAAGCUGUAAAAGAAAAUUUAAUUAAGAAAACAGUAAAAUUACGAGGUAAAUUGAAAGUGACCAAAAAUGGAAACAGUCCCAGAAACGACAAGCAAUUACUAGGUGUUAUGGAUAAUCAUACCGAGAUUAGAAAUAAAGUUCUACUAAUCAAGUCAGGUGUAACCCUUUGUAUUGUUAUAGGAGUGCUGUUCCUUCAUUCGAUACCGUCGUUUAAUACCCUUGGUAUGGGUUGGACAUCAUUUCUAGGAGCUUUACUUUUACUUCUACUUUAUGGAGACGAGAAUAUCGAAGGAAUAUUUGCUCGAGUUGAGUGGUGUACUCUUCUAUUUUUUGCAUCGCUGUUCAUUUUAAUGGAGGCCUUGUCUGAACUGGGCCUCAUCGACUACAUCGGAAGACAAACCCAAACUGUGAUCAUGGCGGUGAAUCCCGAGGCUCGACUCACCGUAGCCAUCAUCCUGAUGUUGUGGGUAUCUGCUGUCGUGUCGGCUUUUGUCGACAAUCUACCAUUAACGACCAUGAUGGUAAAAGUGGCUACAGACCUGGCUAAUAAGCACGAACUUAGGCUGCCUUUACAGCCGCUUAUUUGGGCUUUGUCGUUUGGUGCAUGUUUAGGAGGAAAUGGUUCAUUAAUCGGAUCUUCUUCAAAUAUUAUUUGUGCUGGAGUCGCGGAACAGCACGGAUACAAGUUUUCGUUCUUGGGAUUUUUAAGAGUUGGACUUCCAGUGACCUUCUGCAGCAUAACAGUGGUUAAUAUCUAUUUAGUAAUAUGUCAUGUAUUGUUUUCCUGGCAUUAGAGCCUCUUGUUAUAUAUAUUUGUUAUUAUUUAUAUAUUUUGUUUUAUAUUAUGUAAUAUAAUAUUUUUAUUGUAUACCCUACACCCUAUGUCAUAUCAGGAAUAUUUAAUUUUACAACAUAUAGGGGCAUUAAGUAUACCUAAGCCUAUUUAGUUUUAGAUUUUGCAAAAAUAUUUAAUAAC